UUCCUGAGCAGGCUGCCAACCUCUCCGUCCUGGAUGUGGCCCGUGGAUCCGGGGCCUUACAGCUGACACAGUGACAAAAGCUGCCGAGCUUGGCGGUGGGGUAGGCGCGUGACCCACAGGAAGGAGACAUGGAGAGAGCGGGCGAGGCAUACGUGAACCGCCACGAGGAAGACGAGAUGGAAAUCUCUGGGUACAGCCCCUGCUGCUGGAAGCUGGCGCUGGUCUCGCUGGGCGCGGUGUGCAGUGCGGGGUUCCUGCUCCUCUUCCUCUACUGGCUGCCGGAGCUGAGCGUCAAGUGGACCUGCCGGGCUGUGCCCUUGCAGGAGGCCUGGGUGCUGCUGCUGCGGACCACGGACGAGUUCCGGACGUGGUCCAGGAUCCGAGUGUGUUCUCUCUAUGCCCCGGGAUCGGAUCCCCUGGGUUUCUCCCAGCUGUCGGAGAGCAAGCGCCCCCCCUACCGGGAGGGCCAGCCUGAGGACUGGGAUUGUGAAGAGGGGCUGCUGUCCCAGCCCGCCUGGGGGGAGCAGGCAGAGGUCCGCUUCUUCGUGCACCACAAUACCCGUUACCUGUGGAAUGCAGAAUCCCAGUCUUUCCAGCGGCUUCGGGCUCUGGACUCUGGGGUCCCUUUCUCUUCCCUCUACACUCUCCAUGGGUCCGGCCUCCCUCGCAGCACCCAGGACUACCGGAGGCUUUUCUACGGAGCCAACCAAAUUGACGUACAAGUGCCUUCCAUCCUAAAACUCCUCAUCAAGGAGGUGCUGAACCCCUUCUACAUUUUCCAAGCCUUCUGCGUGGUGCUGUGGUCCCUGGACGACUAUUACAUGUAUGCCUCGGCCAUCCUCUUCAUGUCCCUCAUCUCGAUCUGCUCCUCGCUUUACACCAUCCGGAAGCAAUACGUCUUGCUGCAUGACAUGGUUGCCGCCCACAACAUCAUCCGUGUGACGGUGUGCAGGGGGCCGUACGAGACGGAGGAGAUCUUUUCCACAGAGCUGGUGCCAGGGGACGUCCUGCUGGUGCCUCCUGGAGGGCUGACCGUGCCGUGUGAUGCGGUGUUGCUGAGCGGCACAGCCAUUGCUAACGAGAGCAUGCUGACCGGUGAGAGCAUCCCUGUCACCAAGACGGCCCUGCCUGACCCGGCCCGAGGCGCCAACGGGCCGCGCCAGGAUCCAGCCUACGACCCCGAAAAGCACAAGCGUCACACGCUGUUCUGCGGCACGUCCGUUAUCCAGACGCGGUACUACUCCGGUGAAGCAGUCCGGGCGCUGGUCAUCCGGACAGGUUUCUCCACCUCCAAAGGGCAGCUGGUUUGCUCCAUCCUGUUCCCCAAGCCCACCGAUUUCCGCCUGUACAGAGACGCCUACCGGUUCCUCCUCUGCCUGGUGGGGGUGGCUGGGAUCGGCAUGAUCUACUCCAUCGUCCGCAGCGUGCAGCAAGCGGAACCCGUCGGUCGUAUCCUGCUGGAAUCCCUUGACAUCUUAACCAUCACGGUACCCCCUGCGCUCCCCGCUGCCAUGACCGCUGGGGUGGUGUAUGCCCAGCGGCGUCUGCGCGAGAAGCAGAUCUUCUCCAUCAGCCCCCAGCGCAUCAACAUCUGUGGGCAACUCAACCUGAUGUGCUUUGACAAGACUGGAACACUGACCGAGGACGGGCUGGACUUCUGGGGUUUUGUACGAGCACAGGAUGGUGGCUUCCUCCCAGCGGAACAGGACCUCCGCAUGCCCGAACUGACCACCUCCUCCUUUGUGGCCGCCACAGCCGCCUGCCACUCGCUCACCACCAUCGGCGGACGACUCUCGGGGGACCCUCUGGACCUCAAGAUGUUUCAGAGUUCCAGCUUGGGUGGCGGGGGUGGCACCCCAAGCCUCGCAAACGGGGUUGUGACCCGUUGCCCAAAGGAUGGCCUGCGGGAGGCGCAGAAACGCGUGGAGCCCCCGCCCUCCUGCUCCAGGUUCCCUCAACAGGAUGUGGUCGUCCUGGAAGAGCCCACCCAGGAGGAGACGGCCCUGCAUGACCAGAUCCAGCCCACCGUCGUCCACCCGCCGGACCAGGUGCCUCCUCAAACCCCGAAGGGCACGCCGGAGGAGGAGGAGAUCAUGGAGUUGAUGAGGGUCUAUCAGAUCGGUCUCCUGGUGCAGUUCCCUUUCUCCUCAAGUCUCCAGCGCAUGAGCGUCGUGACCCGCACCCUGGGCGAGAAGCGGCUGGUGGCGUAUAUGAAGGGGGCCCCAGAGACGGUGGCCAUUCCAGAGACCUUCUCGGCCAUCCUGGAGUCCUACACGCGCCGGGGGCUGCGCGUCCUUGCGCUGGCGAGCCGGCGGCUGGAGAGCAAAUACACCUGGCACAAGUCAUCCUCUUUCCCUGCUCCUCCUCCUCCUCCUUCCCCUCUCCACGGCCCAGGAGAUAACCUCUUGACGGCCAUCUCGGUGGGGCGCGAGUGUGGCAUGAUCCCAGCCCAAGGGAAAGUGGUUUUGACGGAGGCCCUGCCCCCCAGGGACGGGCAGCCGGCCACCGUCAACUGGCAGUACGCAGAUGAGCUCCCCGUGCUGGAAACCACAGAAAAGGCCAGCAAAGAGGAGAUCAAGCUGAUGCUGGAGGAGGAGGAGGAGGAGGAAGGGGAGCUGCCCCCCGUGCCCCGGCCGGGGGUCCCGGAGGUCAGUUACCAUUUUGCCAUUGGGGGGAAGUCCUUCUCCAUCAUCGUGGACCACUUCCCGGACCUGCUGCCCAAGCUCCUGCUCUGUGGCACUAUCUACGCCCGCAUGGCUCCUGAGCAGAAGACCCAGUUGGUGGAAUCCCUGCAGAAGAUGGACUAUUACGUGGGCAUGUGUGGGGACGGAGCCAAUGACUGUGGCGCGCUCAAGCGAGCCCACGCCGGCAUCUCCCUCUCGGAGCUGGAGGCCUCGGUCGCUUCGCCUUUCACCUCCAAGACGCCAAACAUCUCCUGCGUCCCAGACCUCAUUCGGGAAGGCCGAGCGGCCCUGGUGACCUCCUUCUGUGUCUUCAAGUUCAUGGCCCUCUACAGCAUCAUCCAGUACCUGAGCGUUCUCCUCCUCUACUCGAUUCUGAGCAACCUGGGUGAUGUGCAGUACCUCUUCAUUGAUGUGGCCAUCAUCCUGUCUUUGGCCUUCACCAUGAGCCUGAACAGGGCAUGGAAGGAACUGGUCCCCCAGCGCCCGCCCAGCAGCCUGGUUUCUCCACAGCUGCUGCUCUCCGUGCUGACCCAGAUCCUACUCUCGCUGAGCUUCCAGGUGGGGGCUUUUCUCCUGGUCCAGAGCCAGCCAUGCCUGACCAACAGCACCCUGGGGAAGGCACCGGAGGAGGAGAAGGACGACGACAGCCACCACGGUGGGGAGGCCGAGGCGGACACGGUGCGGAGCUUUGAGAACACCACCCUCUUCUACAUCUCCUGCUUCCAGUACAUUGCCGUGGCCCUGGCCUUCGCCAAGGGGCGGCCCUUCCGCCAGCCCACCCAGACCAACGGUUUCUUUGUCGCCUCCCUCGUUGCCACCUCCGGGUUCCUGCUUUUCCUCCUGCUGUGGCCGAUCCCUGCUUUGGACCAGUUCUUUGAGGUAGGGAACCCCACCCCACCCCAGCCCGGCCCAGAUCCUUCCCUCCCAUGCACCACCGAGCNCCCUUCCCUCCCAUGCACCACCGAGCCAGUCCAGCUGUUGCUGGAGCUGGAUGAGAUGGCCCCCAGCUACUCCUGCCGGCGACGCGCCCCUCCCCGGGCCAAGUACAAGCGCUUGGCCCAGGAGCUGCUCUUCGACCCGGACUGGCCCCCGCAGCCCAGGACCAGCACCAAGGGCCAGGCCCCUCCCGCCGAGAGCAGCGCUUGA